AUGAUUUUAUUUCUUUAUAUAUAUAUAUAUAUAUGCAUAUUAAUCUUCAGACUUUAUUGGCAUUACAAACCAAUUCUUUCAUCUUCUUCUCUAUCUCUCUUUUGGCUCUCUCCAAUGGAGUCUCGCUACUCGAGCAGUGUUUUUCUCUUUCUCCUGUGGGUGGUGUUGUCAUUUCCAAGUUCCACCUUCGGUUUGAGGUCCUGCCAUUUUCCGGCAAUUUUCAACUUCGGAGACUCGAAUUCCGACACCGGAGGUCUGUCGGCAGCAUUUGGACAAGCACCACAUCCAAACGGAGUUACAUAUUUCCACACCCCAUCUGGACGCUAUUCUGAUGGCCGUCUGGUCAUUGACUUCAUAGCGGAGAGCUUGGGAUUGCCCUACCUUAGUGCUUAUUUAGACUCGGUGGGUUCAAACUUUAGCCAUGGAGCCAAUUUUGCCACAGCUGGAUCAACCAUUAGACCUCAAAACACUACCAUUUCACAGAGUGGAUAUAGUCCAAUUUCAUUGAAUGUGCAAUUUAUUCAAUUCUCAGAUUUUCAUAGGAGAACACAAAUUUUCCUGAAAAAAGGAGAAUUAUUUAAGAAAUUGUUGCCGAAGGAAGAUAGUUUUUCUCAAGCCCUAUAUACCUUUGAUAUUGGCCAAAAUGAUCUCACUGCUGGUUACAAACUUAACUUGACCACUGAACAAGUUAAGGCAUAUGUUCCUGAUGUUCUGAGCCAGUUAUAUAAUACCAUUAAGAAUGUGUAUGGUCAAGGAGGAAGAUCAUUUUGGAUACACAAUACAGGCCCUGUCGGCUGUCUGCCCUACAUUUUAGACCGGUAUCUUGUCACAGCAGCCCAAAUUGAUAAAUAUGGAUGUGCCACUCCAUUCAAUGAAGUGGCCCAAUAUUUUAACAUCAGAUUAAAAGCACUAGUGGCCCAACUUAGGAAAGAUCUCCCUGAGGCUGCAAUCACCUAUGUGGACGUCUAUUCAGUCAAGUACACCCUUAUCAGCCAAGCCAAAAAAUAUGGAUUUAAGCUGCCCCUUGUAGCAUGUUGUGGUCACGGUGGAAAGUACAAUUUCAAUAACAACAUGAGGUGUGGAAGCAAGAAAACAAUCAAAGGAAAAGAAGUUUUGAUCGCCAAAUCAUGCAGCAAUCCAAGUGUCAGGAUUAAUUGGGAUGGGAUCCACUUCACAGAGGCUGCUAACAAGUGGAUAUUUGAACAAAUUUCUGAUGGAUCAUUUUCAGAUCCACCAAUUCCAUUGAAGAUGGCAUGUCACAGAAUGGACCUAUGAUUUUUUUUUUCUCUCUCUCUCAAAAAAAAAAAAAAAAAAAACGAAGUGCCCUUUUUUUUUAUUCUAAAAGGUAAUUUGCAAAAGUAAGGGAAAAAGGGAACAAUCUUUUUUAUUGUUCCACAUUGGAAUGCUAGGAUUAACAAAUUAUUUAUUAUUGGAUUUGUUUUUGACUAACAAUAAUUGUAGCCUUUGGACGGUUUUCUGA